AGUACUUUAUUCAUAUCAGAAUAUCUUAAAUCUGUGAUAAGGGAUUUAAUUUCAUCUGCUUUGCUCCUGUUGGCAUCACAUGUAAGCUGUCGUUAUGAGCUUGACUAUAUUUUCGUAGAGGAGGUGUAUUAUAUUGCUUUUAACGAGGUGGGUGCAGAUAAGUAUCAAAUUGAUGAACUUAUGAUACGCACAAAGUUGAAGACUCUUUUGCUGGAGAUCAUGAGUCUAUCUCGUAUUGGGGCUGGUCCAGAAGCAGAAUUUGACCUUUUCUUGAAGACUUUCACUGAUAGUUGUCGAAAUCUGGAAUUAAGUUGUAACCGUAACAUCGAACGAUAUACAACUAGACUUCCUACUGAAUGGUAUUACAAUGUGGUGUUUGCAUCGAAGGUUGAGCUCAUGGAAUUGAUUGAGCGCUUAUAUGAACUCUUUGAUGGAUCUGAAAAAUAUGUUGUUUAUUGUGAGGAGACUAAAGAUGCUUUUGGGAAGGAUUGGGAUAAAAAACUGUUAAGUCUAUAUUAUCGAUUAAUGGCAGAUGAGAGCUGGAAGAGAGAUGGUUCGAACAAUUUUAUGAAGAAAAAAGACAUGUCCUUUUGGGGGGAAAAUGCGGAAGAUGUCGAGAUGAAGCGUUGCAUUGCAAACAUAAGAGAAAUGUACCGCAGUUUUGUGAUUUUUGAAGAACACCACGAGGAAGCUGAAUUGAAAAGGGUUGACAUGCUUGUGGAGUUGGUGCAUGAAAUAUUCCCAUGUCACAUUGCCGCGUUAGCUCGAGGGGCAUCUAUAAUGAAGUGGCCUUUACCUGCUAUGGAUUUUGAAACAUCUGCAAUGCACUGGCCUAUAUCUGGCAGAGUCGAAGUAAGUUUUCUAGUCUAGAUUGAAGAUUCCAAAUUUAAUACGAAAACUUGUGUUGAAUCAGCAGCUAAGUUUUAUGAUUUGGCUCCUCUCCUUUGUGGAUCUUGAUGUAUUUUGUUAUUCUUCUUGUGCUUCCUAGUUAUCUUACGACUCAUUAGCCAUUGCAAACAAUAUUUGAAUCAAGA